CACUAACCUCCCAACCCCUCGAUAUCUCCCUACCCGCGCCAUCACCUCCGGCCGACUUUCGAUUCCCGGGUCAUGCGAGGAGUUUGGGUGCGUUUUUUGGAUGGUUCUGCGACCUCAAGCUGCACGUGAAUUCGAAAGGACCGUCUGUCGUCCUUAACGUUGAGGUUCGACCGUCGAGGGUUUUCGGGUCGGGCGCCACCACCGAGACGACUGCGACUGGGAAGGCUGCCGGGACCGCAACUACGACCACUGGAACUGAGACGACUGCCACGACCGAGACGGCUGCCACUACCAACAUCGAGCCCUCGACUGCCACAGAGAGAAUUGCCACGACUUCCACGACUUCCACGACCGCCACCCCGAAGAAGACAACCACGCCGGGUACUGCCAAUGCCAACAUCACCGAUGCCAACGCGAUGUUCGUCCUGCCCGACCCUUUCGUGCCGUCCCAUAACCUCGCCUCACACAUCUCCCGCGCCUCCCUCACCCGCCUCUUCGCAGUCUCUACCAUCGCGCUGGCUAAGCUGCAGGCUGGGGCGCCGCUCGGGGCGGUGUUUGGGCCGUUUGAGGGACUUGGUGGUGUUUCUGGGCUGGGCUUGAGUGCAAGGGAGGGGGGAAGGAAGGGUCAGGGGGAGAGGGAGGGAAAGCGUGCGGAGGGGGAGUUUGGGGUGAGGAUAAGGGGGAGCGAGAGGGAGCGGUUUCGUGCGAGGGAGAGGGAGAGGGAACGUGCGGCGAAUGGGGCCCUUGAGGGUGCUUCAAACGCGAUGGAUGCUGUGGAUGUGGAGGCGGAGAAGGAGAAGGAUGGAGUUAUAGCUUCAUCUGCAGGCGUGUAUACGGAUGCGGAUGCGGAUGCGGAUGCGGAUGGGGCGAGACGGGUUGGUGAGACGGGGACGGUGGCGGAUGUUGGGAGGGCGGGUGGUAUGAGUAGGGCUCAGAGUAGGAGUCGGAGUAGAAGUGGGAGUCGGGUUGCGUCGCCUAUACCUGUGGGGUCUGCUUCACCUUUGCCUGCGAGGUCCGCAUCGCGUAUGCCUGUGGAAUCGAUGGUGGUGGCGGCGGCGGGUGGAGGCUCUAUGCUCAGGGGUUUCCACACGUCUGCGAGGUUGGGAGCGAGGCUUGAGGAGGGGAUGGAUGUUUUUGUUAUAACCCCCGUCGCGCCCUCCAUCCUCGAACAGCGCGCAAAAACGAUCGGCAAAGUGACCUACGUCGUCAAGUCCACCUACGGCGCACAGUAUCGCGUGCAAUGUUUCGGGAGCACGCAGUAUGGGACGGAUUCGGCGGGGAGUGAUUUGGAUUUGGUCGUCAUCGACCCGGAGAGGCCGGCUGGGUUUUCGCCGGAUGUGAACCUCAAUUCUUUACCACCGGUCUAUAAUAUCAGAAAAUUGGGACGUGCGCUUCAGCGGGCUGGGUUUGUGAGUGUUGAGUGUAUACCUGGCGCUACCGUACCCAUAGUUAAAUUCAAAGACCCACGCACGAACAUCCACUGCGACAUCAACAUCAACGACCGUCUCGGCGUGAAAAACACCGAGCUCAUCGCGCGCUACAUCGAGCUCCUGCCCGUGCUCCGGCCGCUCCUGAGCGCUAUCAAGAAAUGGGCGGGGGUGCAUGGGUUGAAUAAUCCGAGCGGGAGGCAGGGGGCGGUGUCGUUUAGUAGUUAUGCGUUGACGGUGAUGAGUAUUGCGUUCUUUCAGAUGAAGGGCUUGCUUCCGAAUCUGCAGGACGAGGAAGGGAUGAGCAGGCGGGAACGUGUGUUCUGGUUGAGGACGAAAAAGCACGGGAUGAGGGUCAAGUGCGAUGUGCGGUGGAGGAAGGACGUGCUCACUUGGGAACCACCGCGGGAGGUGGAGUUGGCGGAGGCGCUGGCGGAGUGGUUUUAUUAUUGGGGCCACGAACACCGAUAUGGGGAUGAUCUGGUGAGUAUUCGGCAUGGAGGGUUGAUCGCAAGGCAGCAUCCGUAUAAGGGCAAAGCCAUUACGGGUGCGCCUGUGCCGUUUAGUGGAGAGGUGAAGGCUGAAGGGCACGAACCCAAGCAAUCGGUCACGUCGCUCUCUACGGCAGAUGGGAAGGUGGAAAAUACCACGGUGGAGGCGGAUGGGGAAGGAGGACAAGUAGAGGUGCCACUUGUCGAGAUUCUGCCAGAUCUUGAGGUCAAACUUGUGGACGAUCUUCAGGAGGCGGAAUCGCCACAGAUAGCCCACGAAGAUGCCGCCGAUAUGGCCAGCAAUGCCAUACCUACCGAAACGACACCUGCCCACGACUCCGAUACACCCACGCAGGACAACGUUCACCCCAUAGCAGCGACUCUUUUGUCCGAGCUGAAAAAAUCGCAGGAGGUCGAGAAGGAUUCUACCACGGAGGAGGUCAAGAAGGAUUCCACCACGGAGGAAGUCCAGCUCCUGGCCGGCGCUUCCAACGUCGUGGAACAGGACGUCGCUCUCACCGUCACCGCCGACGAUGAUAUCGCCCAGUCGGAAGCGGGGGAAUCGAUCUUAUCUAGAGACGACGAACAACAGCCGAAUUGGUCCGCCGCGCCUUUAUGUGUGCGGGAUCCGUUCAUCGCGCAGAAGAAUGUCACCAGCGCGAUCAGGAUCUCCACGAUUGAGCGCUUCAGAGCGGAUUGUCAAAGGGUGUAUAUGCUGUUGAGUUUGGGGGGUACGUGGAGCGACGUCAUGCCGACGGAAAGCUCGGUGGUCGAAUCGGACGAAGAGGACGCGAGUCUGUGGGACGAGAUUUUGGGGGCGAGAGGGAAGAAGGGUGCUGGGCGGGGGAUGGGGAUGAGAGGAGGGGGACGUGGGAAGAAGGGAAGAGGCGGGGGAGUGAGGGAUAAUGGUGAUCGACCGGCGAGGAAAGAGACGGGUCAGGGUCAGAGUCAUCUUCCGGUGAAGGAGGGAGAGGCUGGGCCGAGCACGUCGACGGUACAAGUCGCAAAGAAACCGGUCGAGCGACCUGCCGUGGGGCCGUCUAACGAUCCGACUGCUCCUUCUCCGCCGAAAUCGUCUCAGGGUCAGAGCGGCCUUCCAACAAAGGAAGGAGAACCUGUGCCGAGCACGUCGACAGUACCAUUCGCAAAGCAACCGGUCGAGCAACCUACUGCGGGACCGUCUACCGAUCCCUCCACUCGUUCUCCGCCAAAAUCGUCGGAACUGUCGACCGCCACGGAUAUCAAGGGGCAGACGAAGAAGGGAAAGGAACGCGAAGUAGUACGUUCCGAAGCGACUGCACUUUUGGAGAAGUCGUUGGCUGGUAUACGUGCUCAGAGGGACGGGCAGCCGUCUUCGUCCGCAGGCCCAUCUCGCAAGCCCCAAUUUCCGAAACGCGCUGAUAAGGCCAAGGCCAAGACAGUCGACGUUCAGCAGGCUACAAAGCAGGACACCGCCACGCCACGACCGUCCGGUCAGGAUCUCCCUUCAGUGCAAGAUGUGCAUCUUCCAGACUCAACAGCUCGGGACGCCCCUUCUACCAAUCAACUGCUCCAGCCAUCUUCGUCAGCAGGCCCAUCUCGCAUGCCCAAAUUUCCGACACACGCUGAUAAGGCGAAAGCGAAGGCUGUCGACGUUCAGCAGGAUACACCUGCACCACGGCCGUCCGGUCAGGAUCUCCCUUCAACAGUGCAAGAUGUACCUCUUCCAGACCCAUCAUCUCGGGACGCCUCCUCUACCAAUCCCAAUCAACUGCCCCCAAAAGCGCCACGAUGGACGCGUGCAGAGCGGAAGGCAAGACGGGAAGCAGAGAAGGCCACAGUCAUAGUUGCUUCCGAAGUGGCGUCGACGAGUCAGGAACAUUCCACCGCGCAGGAGACACUACAUCCCGACCCUUCUACUGACCAGCCGUCGAAGAAAAAACAACUGCCGGGUGGGGAGAAGAAGGCCAAGCGGGAGGAGAAAAAGACUGACGUCGUCCUCGCUUCCGAAGUGGGUGGGACAGAUGAGCAAGGGUCUCGUUCGAGCUCUGUGCCCCCUCGGAAGAAAAAUAAAAAGAAGAAGAAAGCUGCGACGGAUGGAGUGUUAGUUGGUGAAAGGCCGGAAAUUUCGCAGGCGCCGAAUGCUCAGGCGUCGUAGCCUCGGCUUUGUAGCAUGUUCGAGUUUAGCGAAGGUUUCUCGCUUUGAACGUCCUUGCAUUCAAUCCACAGGACUUCAGGUUGUUCAUUGUUCAGGACCAUCUUGUUGCUUUCGAUCGCUUUGUUCAGUGCAUUCGAUUCGUGGUAUCACAACUAUCUAUAGAUUCUCUUUCAGCUCUCGAGCAUAAUCGCAUGCAUACAUCCCAUUUGUACAUACAACAGCACUUUACAUCCAUCACAAUUGACCGCACCGGUGGCAAUGAAACAUCAUCGUAAAGAAACUAUGCACAAUCGACUGUGCUCCAUCCUUCGAACAUCAAUCAUGAAUCAUGAACCCGGUCGGUUGCGGCGGUCUCAUAGCAGACAAAGAAUGUACUAGCAAUGGGAAAGAAGAAAUCGGAAACGCUUCGAUGACAUCCGAGCCCCUGAAUGCCUCCCUCCCAUCCCAACGAACUAAUUUCUGCCAGUCCUCUAGAGACGGGCACCUCAUAUUAGGCAACCACACGAUUCCUUCCUCAACCGCGAUAGGCUCCAGAUCUAGAUCUAAGGAGGUCGAGUCAAACGGAGUCCCUGAGCUGGAGAAGUACUGUUGGCAGACGAUGCGGCGAAGGUUUGAUGGAAGUUGGAGUGAUGGAGAGGAGGGAAUGGAGACCUUGGGGGUGGUGAGCUCGCUCUUGCGCAAGUGUCCAAUGGCGUCCCUGCCAUGCUUCAGACCAGCGCUGUAUCGGAACGAGUAGAAGUCGAAGAGGCCAGAGAUCAUGAGGGUCUUCAGAGAGGGAAGGGCGCGGGCGAUGGAGGCAAUGGCGUGUACUUCCGAAUCCUCUUCUAUAUCACUGUCCUUAUCAACGUCGUCGUCGUCGUCGUCGUCACUAUCCGGGGCAAAAUAUGCGGCGUACUCGCCCUUUCUGGACGGCGGGGUGCGAAAUUUCGCGGACAGGUGCAUUGUGCGCAACGAAGGCAUCUGUAUCUCCGUCACGGUUUUUGCGGGGAUUUCAACGAGAUGAUGGACACGAAGUGUGAGCGAUUGGAGAAACGGAAGUGGUGUGAGGAAUAUGCUGGAGAGUAGAGCGGGUCUGCGCAUUUCGAGAGGGGUGGCCACGGACGGAUACGUGUGGAAGAGGGUACAGCUCAGUGUGUGGAGUGUUGGCGAGACGAGACGAAGGAGCUCGAGGAAUACGAAUGCGUCUGGUUCGUCAGGCGGGGCGUUCGGUGGCCUCUUGUAAUCAAAAAAAUGCAGCUCCCGAACGUAACCUCGUCUCUCAGGAUGGUCCGUAAUUCUCAGCAUGAGUCGAUUGAGCUGAACCGAAGAUGAUACGGUGAAGGAUCGAAAUCGGAUAGGUUCCAUGACCUGGAAGAAUUGCGUGUUGACGAGCGACAACGAGCGUAAAGCCUCCUUGGUUACUUCACCGGCAUCUUCGACCACGAAUUCGAAGAUGCGCGUGAGCAACUCGGGAGCUAGGUGGUUGAGGGUCAUCUUAAACACAAAGGGGGUUGUGCAAGAGUACAGAUAUACGCGACUCCUUGUGAAGAGCCUGCUUCAAUCGAACAGAGACACACGUGCCCGCUCUUGCAGAGAACUGGUACGGCGAGACAGGGACGGACAACGACUCGACUCGAGUCACAAGGUUACAGGCGCACGAGUCCAGCAUCCAUCAAAGUAUGUACGGUGAGCCUAGGCCACGAAGAGAAAACCAACCACAAAUGGCAGGACAAAGGACCUGUGUCCUAUUCUGUUG